AUUUCCCCCACCACCAUGACCAUUUCUAUUUCAAUUCAUAGAAAUUAAAAAUUAAAAACUACACCAAAUUAAUUCCUUUCUUUUGUAAAAAAAGAAUAUAGAAUGCAACAAUAGUUUCCUCCUUCGUAUCUUCGUUUUUUUGUGGCCUUUCCUACUACUUUUUUCUUCUUGUAAAAACUUAGCCAUGGAAAAGGAUGAAAAGUCAUCAAGUUUUAAAAUGGCAGAUGGCGACGAAAACAAGUCCGAAGUUGACAAUGAAGAAGAAAAGGCAGCUGCAGAUGAGAAAGAGGAACCAGAGGGAACUGAGACUGAUAGAACUGAAACUGAAGAAAAGCCUCAAGAGGCAGAAAAUGAAGGAGGCGAACCUGAAGAACCUACUCCUCCACCAUAUACCCUUGAAACAGCCUUUGAAGAUAUUGAACAUUUCUUGUCAAAUCUCUCCACCAUGUUGAAGGAGAAGGAGGAGGAGAAGAUAGAGAAGGAGAAGAAGAAGAAGGAAGAGGAGGAGGAGAAGGAGAAGAAGAAGAAAGAGGAGGAGGAGGAGGAGAAGGAGGAGGAGGAGAAAGAGGAGGAGGAGGGGAAGGAGAAGGAGGAGGAAGGAAAGGAGGAGAAGAAAGAGGAGGAAAAGGAGGAGAAGGAAAAGGAGGGAGUUGAAGAUGAAGGUUUAGAGAUCCCGGAGUUCAUUGAAAAGUAUUUGGAUCUUCUUGAAGAGAAAAUAUCUAAGCUUGAAUCCACUGCUGCUGAGACAAAAGUGAAGGGGCAACAACCUCCCGAGGAUGAUCCAUUGUUUUUCAAAGUUGUUAGGCAGAUAUUAAGGCUGUAUAAGGAUCUAUCGGCACCCAUCAAACCAGAGUCCAAGCAGGGCCCUUUAAUCAACCGCAUUUGUGGGAUCCAUUUUCGUGCUUUGUGUUAUCUGGAGGACGAAUUCAAGUAUCUCCUGGAAGAGUUAAGAAACGUGGAACCUGUUCCUAAACAAGAGGUUGCAGCAGCAACAGCUGCAGAUCAAGGCACUGAAGCUGGUGAAGGCGAAGAUAAACCUGCUGAGGAAUCCAAGUUACAAGAGUACUCUGACCAAGUUUUGGCCUACAUGAAUAAAAUAGCAAUGGAGAUGAUCUCGGGAGGACAUGAGUUUGAAUGUCGUGAGAUUUACAUGACCUGUAGGAUGCAUAUAAUUGGGGAGACCUUGAAGAAUCUUGGGUUCGAGAAGAUUAGUAUAGAUGAUGCUCAAAAGAUGCCAUGGGAAUUAUUGGAAAGGGAAAUACCUCCAUGGAUCACCAUCUUUAAACAAUGUGCCAAUGUCCACUUCCCUGCCGAGCGCAAGUUGGCUGAAACAAUCUUCUCCGGUCAUCCUUCUUUAUAUGAAACAAUCAUCACUAACCUUGCACGUGGCUUGUUCAUCCAAUUUCUCAAUUUCCCUGAAGCAGCUGCCUUUUGCAAGCUUACCACGGAGAAGCUCUUUAAAUUUCUCGAUAUGUACGAGGCCUUGCGCGAUAAUCUUUUUGCCAUUGAUAGCGUGUUUCCCCAGGAAUGCGCUAAUGAACUCAGGACGGAAACAACGACAUGCCGUUGUAGGAUCGGUGAAUCUGCGAUUUGCAUAUUCUGUGAUCUUGAGAAUUCAAUCAAAUCGGAUACAGGCAAAACCCCAGUUGCUGGCGGAGCGGUUCAUCCGUUAACCCGCUACGUAAUGAAUUAUCUCAAGUAUGCAUGCGAGUACAAGGAUACAAUAGAGCAAGUCUUCAAAGAUCAUUCCAAGAUUGAAAGAGCUGAUUCAACAAGCAGGCCUCGGGAUUACGAGAGCCGCUCAUUAAAGUACAAGAAGAAUGAUGCCGGAGAAGAUCGACCCCCAUUUCAAGAGCAGUUGAUGAGAAUCAUGGAUUUGUUAGAUUCAGCUAUCGAGGCGAAGUCAAAGCUUUACAAGGAUAUUUCAUUGAGCUGCAUCUUCAUGAUGAACAACGGACGUUACAUGUUGCAAAAGAUAAAAGGAACAGUAGAGCUCCACAAAGUGGUAGGGGAUAAUUGGUGCCGCAAAAGAUCGUCUGAUGUUAGAAACUACCAUAAGAGCUACCAAAGAGAGACGUGGACCAAGCUGCUGGGUUGCAUAAGCAAUGACGGACUGAAUGUGCGGGGAAAGGUGGUGAAACCGGUGCUGAAAGAGAAAUUCAAAAGCUUCAACGCCAUGUUCGAUGAAAUACAUAGGACUCAAAGCACUUGGGUGGUGUACGACAAGCAACUGCAAUCAGAGCUGAGGGUGUCCAUAGCAUCAGUGGUGAUACCAGCCUACAGGUCAUUCUUGGGUAGAUACUCUCAAUACUUGGAUCCUGGACGACAAACGGAGAAGUACAUCAAGUUCCAGGCUGAGGAUAUAGAGACUUAUAUUGAUGAUCUGUUUGAUGGAAACCCAGGGGGCAAGAAAACAUAAUUAAUUCAACAUUUAUAAUUAAGAAAAAAAAGAAAUUCAACUUAUUUAGCCUUAAAAAUGUUUUUGUACCAAGAAAACAAUUGGUUAGUGUUUUUUUAUUGAUUUAGACAGCAACUUAAGCUGCUUGGGUUGGAUGGUAUGAAUUAAAUGUGCCAUCAUAGAGAAGAAACAUGCAUUUUUUUUUAAUUUUUUUUGUAAUUCAAUUUCGUUUGUUCUUGCA